AUGUCGUCUGCUCCUGCAAGCUGAAAAUCCCGACUCCCGAGCUCGUUGGACUCACGACUCACGAAGCACGAUUCACGAGUAAAGACUGACCGACUGACGAAUAAUUGUCGGUUGCCGAACCUUAUUUCCGCGGUUGUCAAAACCCGAAUGUUCGUUAGCAACCAAAUUGUUGCUAGAUGGCACCGUAAGAAUACAAACAAACAUUAUUUUUGAACUGUGAAGUGAGCGUCAAGUCAAAGUAGUAUAAAAUAACAGAUAUAACAAUCUGUUUGAGCUUCAUCGACGAAUUUGUGUGAAAAAUGAGUGAUGUGUCAUUUAAAGGGGAUCGAUUUAUGGAUCGAGACAAAUUAAAGUUGAUUCUAUUCGAUUGGCUAAAGGAAAAAGGAAUUAUGGGAGAACUACAAUCAUUUCUUCGAAUGAGGAUGGUUGAAAAACUUAAAACGGAACUGGGAUCAACUUCAAAACAAGUGAAAUUCUCACCAAAGGAUGACGCCAUUAAUGUUAUGAUUUAUGAAUACCUCAAGCAUCACAAAAUGUUCUACACUUCAUCUGUUUUCGCCAGUGAGUGCUUAUCUAUCCAACAGUCCAGUCCCCAAUAUCUGGACAAGUGUCAGUGGAAAGACCUCUUAAAUCCCUUAGGUGUAACAAGUGAUAACAUGGUACCUAGUAAUGAUGGGAAAACAUGUUUGCUCAACUGGGUAGUGGAUGCUUUUGGCAAGAUAUCCAGCAAGGCCUUUGCAAACAAAUCUUGCCAAUGCACUGACGAGUCUCCUAAAAAACUGCUCUUGAACGCGCAAUCGCAGACACUAGACAUUGAUGAGAAGAUUUUAAGGACGCAGUUUGUCCAAACUCUUCCAGCUGUUAGUUUAGCUGAAACGCAAACGGAUGAGAAUUGCCUAUCUUUCCAACGCAUGUCAACUGACUUGAAUGACGAGAUAACCAAACUCCAAAACAAAUUGGGGAAAUCUCAAUCUGCUCUUGAGAUGUGCAAAUUAAAGUUACAAGAUUCAGAAGACAAAAUCGAUUACCUCCUAAACCAUAAAAACGAUCGCGUCAUCGUAGAAGAUAAUACGUUGACAAAGCCGCAACAUGGUCCUCCUGUUCCACAUCAAAAUGUGCGCAACCGAGUCGUGUGCCAGAAAAGAAUUCAAGAAGCGUUUCGUUUCCUCAAUCAUCUAGAUGGUCGUCUUCAGUUUUUGGAUCAAAAGUAUCACAGCGUCACUGCCCGAAAGAACAGUCAUGAUAACUUACGAUUCUUACCCGAUUCCAACAUUUCUCCUGUGUAGUUUUUCUACAAUCUACAAAUAGUUUUGAAAAACUUGGCCCAAUGUUGUAAAUGGUUUUCUCGGGUUUUCCAUUUCAAUAAUAAUAAUAAUUCAAAAUUUGAAAUAGUUGGUCCAAAUCCCACGACAGAGUAAAAAGUAAAUAACCAAAACUUUAGUCUUUGAAUGUAAUCCUAUUGUUUUGUGACCUUCGUUUGUAGAUCCUUAAUUUCUCCAGGGAUAAAGUGGUAAUCUCCGUUCCGUCACUAUCGUUGAUCGCUUGGGGAUGUUUGUUUCUUUUUUAUUCCACGUAUUCGACCUAAACGAACAAAUUUAUGAAUAGCGAAACUUUAGGGAAGAGGAGGAUUAGAGGGAAAUUUGUUGUUUUGUUUAUUUCAUUUUGAAAAUCGCAAGAAUUUUUCAGUAAAUGUCAAAAUACCUUGUUUUGUUUGUGAGUCAUGGUACAAAUAGGACCAGCUUGUAUUUGAUAGUAAUGUCGUAUCCGUUCAUGUGGGUUACUAACCUCUACCAUUCCGCCCAGCACGUUUCUUUUGAAACUAAUGCCAAUAACCGAAAAUACAGUAUGUAUUUCA